UGAGCCUAUUUCGUAAUAGGCUUUGCGCUAAACCCUUCGCUGUUGCGCGUGCCCAAACAACACCCCCGAGGUCCGUGCGCUGGCUGCCAUGUAACCUGCAAUCGCGCUGAUCCAGCAAGCAAAUCUGUUACUUCGCUUCAGACAGGAAGUGAUGGGAGUGAUCUUUGCGUUGCAUUGUGUUGGGUUGGGCCAGGCUGUGUUGGCUGCUGCGGUUGCGUUUUGGCUGGCGAAGGCAAUCUACAAUGCCUAUUUUCACCCUUUGCGCAAUGUUCCCGGCCCCUUGAUCUGCAAAAUCACGAGCGCACGCAUGACCUUCGCCGAGCUCUGCGGCUGCCGAACCCUUACUAUCCACCACCUCCACGAACGCUACGGAGACAUCAUCCGCAUCGGGCCCGAUGAGCUCGCCUUCUCAAACCCAUUUGCAAUCAAGGAAAUUUACGGACAAGGAAGUCCUUAUAUGAAGUCUGCCAUGUACGACCAUUUCUCGACGCAUUCGCCGAAUUUGUUCGAUAUGCGGGAUCGCGAGUUACACAAGGAACGUCGGAAACUCUUGUCGCAUGCAUUUGCGCAGGUGAAUAUCGAUAAUGCUGAGCCGCUUAUUGCUGAGCAGAUCAGGAAGUUUAUGGGAUGGGUACAGCAGUAUGCGGCUGAGGGAAAGAGUAUGAACGUUGCUGUUUGGUUUCGGAUGUACGCAUUGGACAUCGUGGGGUCUCUUUUCCUCGGACAGGACUUCAAGGCGUUGGAUAGUGAUACUCCGCUUUCUUACCUCGACGAUCUUGACGGACACUUCAUGCUCGCAGCUCUCAAAUGGAACAUGCCGUGGGUCCUCCCCCUGACCUCCUGGCUCCCGAUUCCAGCAUGGCAGCGCUUCCUCCGUUCUUCGCAGCGACUCUACGAGUACGGUGAUUGGGCCUUCAAGCAGUACAUGGACAGAUACGGCCGUGAAUCAAAACGUCGGGAUCUCCUGACAAAAGUCAUCAAGGGUGAAACCGACUCCCAAAAACUCCCUGACCGUGUCAUCACCUCCGAAGUCGGAUCAAUGACGAUCGGUGGCACCGACACAACUUCCAUCACGCUUACCUACACCGUCUGGGAACUUGCCAAACACCCCGAAUGGCAAGACAAAAUCCGCGAAGAGCUCCGUACACAUAACGUCCAAUUCAUCGACGGUGUCCCAGCCUACAAAGAUGUCGCACCCCUCGAGGCUCUAAACGGGUGUAUCAUGGAGGGUCUCCGUCUUCACUCCGCCGCACCCGCCUCACUUCCCCGUGUCGCUCCCGACGGCGGCGGUGUCAUUUCUGAUAUCUUCGUCCCAGCCGGUACGACAGUCUCAAUGCAAGCCUACACCCUCCACAACAACCCCACCAUCUACCCUUCCCCAACCUCCUUCCUCCCAACCCGCUGGGCGAACGGUGGUACGAAGGCGAUGCAGGAGUCCUAUAUGCCGUGGUCGAAGGGGAGUAGGGCGUGUAUGGGGAUUCACCUCGCUACGAUGGAGAUGAAGUUGAUUAUUGCGGCGUUAUUGAGGGGGUGGAGGGUGGAAUCGGGGGAGGGGACGACGGAGGAGAGUAUGAGUAUGGUUGAUCAUUUUGUGUUGAUGCCGAAGUCGGGGAGGUGUGAUUUGGUCUUUCGGAAGCUUGAGGGGGAGGAGGAGUAAAUGUUAUAGAGGUUUAGAUACCAACUAGUCUAGAUGCAUCUCUACGUACUUCUUCUCAGCUGCCAGGCAUGCCUCAAUCCUCGCAAUCACGUGAGCCCUGCCAAUGAUUUCCGCUGUCUUUCCGAUAUCCG